AUGGCGAUCGCCGAUCAGGAAGCGGCCGCAAGAAAAUCUUCGCUAGCAACUCAGCGAGGCUUCAGUUCUGGCGUAAGACUCGUAAAAGGAUUUCGUUGGAUGGAACACUUUUCUAAUCUUGGGUUUCUACGAGGAUCAAGUGCGGAUACGACAACGAUUCCAUGUUUGCUGCCCAUCUUCUAUCGCUCGAGACAAGAAGAAGGUAAAUGCAUAAAAUGUCUGUUCAAUCUGUUUGCUGGCGGUCUUAUUUUGAGUUAAUCAGUUGUUUUGAAUGUAUGUAUCUAUUUUCUUUUACAGGGAUAGUGCAUCUACCGUUUGUAAAAAAGGAGAGAGAGAGGCAUCAUCCACAAACCAGUUCCUUCCUCAAAACGAAGCCACAUUGAAGGUGAGACUGCAGCUGUACUUGAUUCUAGAUUGAAUAAAUGUCUUCACAUUACUAUUAUUUUGCGGCCCUCCAGAAAAUUAUCCUGGAACCAAAGCUUCUUAACAGUUUUAAAUAUUAUGUGCGAUUCAGGUAAAAUACCAAACCUUGGUAAUGAUUGUUUUUCCUGAGAAAUUAUUAGUUAUUGAGACAACAUUCUUGCCGAUAAAAUGUGACACUGGCUGAGAGGCAACCCUUAUGUCUAAUCUUUGGCUCUCAAGAUGUGGGAGCUUAUUUACUUAGGAUAUUACUACCAACUAAAUAAAACCAGUUCUUGGCAUGUUGAUAUUCAAUUUUUUUUUUAAUUUUAAUUUUUAAUAUUUUUAAUUUUUAAUUUUUAAUAUAUUCAUUGAUUGAUAAAUUUUUUGAUUGAUUCAUUUAUUGAUCAAUUUUUAGUUAAGCAUUGACCAGAGUCAUCCAAGAUAAUGCACAUUGUUUUUCCAGUUUUUCAUAAUUUAUUGCAGUUCCUGUGGUGUCUCUGGAGACUUUUAUUGAGUCAUACAAUGUAUCACAGUUCUUUGCAGUUACUUGGAGAAUAGAAAUUGGUCAUUAAAAAGGAGACUGCAUGCUAAUCCUAGUAGCUAAUCCAUUCAUUUCCAUGGCAAUAAUGCGUUGCAUGCAUUAUAUUACAAUAAAUUUUUCAUGGUUAGUGGUUCUUUUACCUUUGAUUGCAGACACACAGGCAAACUCAAGUGUGCCAACAGCCUUUCACUGGUUUAUACUUCAAAACGAUGCUCUUACAGGUUUAUUUAUUAUGUUAACGCCUGUGAAACGAGGAAAAUUUGACACUUCGUCAAAUGUCAUGCGAGACCUUUUUGAUCCAGUUGAACUAAUAAUAAUAUAUAGACAAUGUACAUGUAAACAUGACAAGAAAGAAUCCCACCUGGCAUGCUGCAACCAGCUAGCUAUUAAGGUGACUCGACCCAGUUUUUUUUGGGGGGUACCAUCCUACUUUGAAGCUCUCUGGUAUCCCCACCUUUACUUUUAUCGUAAGUCUAACACAUAGAAUGGAUAAUAUAUAGAUCAAUCUGCAAUAUAACAUAAAAUUUUUGGCGAUCGGAGUAAAUGUCACGUGGUUAUAAUGCCACGCCCCUUUGAGGUCUGAGUCGAAAAUCGGCUGUUGCCGGCAUUUUUUUGUGAAAAUCUCUCGGCUACACACAGUGCGCAUUAGUGCCUUGCGCUGAACAGAGUUUCACCAAAAUCGCAAAGACCCAAUUCGAGAAAUUCAGCGGUUUCCAAAUUUAGGUCAUAAUUUAUGCGAAAAUGAUAAGCAAACUUUACACAGAUUAUAUCUAAUAAACCAAGAGAUUCAUCCCUUUAUUUUGGGCAUCGUUAUAACAGAUGGGUCCUUGCAAGUCAGCAAAACGCUUUAGGGCCUUGUAAAUGCGCGCGAUUUCGAGCAAAGCAAACAUAUAGAAAUUAUAGUUUUCGCUAUUUGUUGACGUUUGUCAGCGUUUGAGAGUCCUUCUCACGAAAAAAGCAUUUUCUUAAAAAUUCGUAGUUUUUUUUCCUUCAAAUUUUUCAGGGCCACAAUUGAUUAACUAACUAUCCGGACCCUGAAUUUCAUGGUCAUUGAAAAACUGUGACAUUAUCUUCUAUAAGCUCAAACUUGAGUAAACAUUGAAGAUUUUUAGCGUUUUGGCUGAGUUUGUGCUUUGGGAGUUGUCUAUUGUUUCUAGUCUGUCAUUAUACAGCAUUCUUGUUCAGCACGCGUGCAAUGACCACGCUUGGCUGACUUCCGAAUGCUCACCGAGAUAUUCCCGUCACGAGUUGGUUUAAUUAUUGCCUUGCAUUAAACCCAUGAAAAAAUGAUAUUUUUGUAAUAGUAAGUGGACUUAGUGUGUAGCACUUCUCGAUUUUUUUGCAAAGACACAAGAAGCACGAGAAUUGAUGAAAAAUUGUUAGUUAAACCUCUAUGUAUCACGCGAUGGCCUGUCUCACUAUACCAAAUUAAUAAUAUUUCGGUGAGCAUUCGGAAGUCAGCCAAGCGCAGUCAUUGCACGCGUGCUGAACAAGAAUGCUGUAUAAUGACAGACUAGAAACAAUAGACAACUCCCAAAGCACAAACUCAGCCAAAACGCUAAAAAUCUUCAAUGUUUACUCAAGUUUGAGCUUAUAGAAGAUAAUGUCACAGUUUUUCAAUGACCAUGAAAUUCAGAGUCCGGGUAGUUAGUUAAUCAAUUGUGGCCCUGAAAAAAUUUGAAGAAAAAAAAACUACGAAUUUUUAAGAAAAUGCUUUUUUCGUGAGAAGGACUCUCAAACGCUGACAAACGUCAACAAAUAGCGAAAACUAUAAUUUCUAUAUGUUUGCUUUGCUCGAAAUCGCGCGCAUUUACAAGGCCCUAAAGCGUUUUGCUGACUUGCAAGGACCCAUCUGUUAUAACGAUGCCCAAAAUAAGGAGAUGAAUCUCAUAGUUUAUUAUAUAUAAUCCGUGUAAAGUUUGCUUAUCAUUUUCGCAUAAAUUAUGACCUAAAUUUGGAAACCGCUGAAUUUCUCGAAUUGGGUCUUUGCGAUUUUGGUGAAACUCUGUUCAGCGCAAGGCACUAAUGCGCACUAUGUGUAGCCGAGAGAUUUUCACAAAAAAAUGCCGGCAACAGCCGAUUUUCGACUCAGACCUCAAAGGGGCGUGGCAUUAUAACCACGUGACAUUUACUCCGAUCGCCAAAAAUUUUAUGUUAUAUUGCAGAUUGAUCUAUAUGUUAUCCAUUCUAUGUGUUAGACUUACGAUAAAAGUAAAGGUGGGGAUACCAGAGAGCUUCAAAGUAGGAUGGUACCCCCCAAAAAAAACUGGGUCGAGUCACCUUAAAGCGUGGCAGUUUUAUGGUUCAAAACCAGUGACUGGUAAGAUCAAGUCUAGAACCUAACCUACCAGAUUGGGAUUCAGCUGCACUUACUACUCAGCAAUAAAGGGAAGAAUUUCCAAAAUUUGAAACGACUUUUAUUGAGACUGAUUUUACAGUGCAGAUUAUGAAACAAAAAUAAUAAAGGGACUGUGAAUAGUAAUCUUUUUGUUAUCAUACUUGUGUUACAGUAACAAAGUUCACAAAACAGCUUGCAGCAACCUUGAACCUUGAAGCAGCAACAACAAAAGCAGGAGAGCAGAUAGCAACCAGAAAGUACAAUCAGAGAACAAAUGAUUGGGACGUGAAAAUUAUCACAGUCAAGAAAAAGUUUGAGUACAUUCCAGUGAUGAUGGUGAAGAUUUUUAACAUGAGAAAAGAAGAUACUGAUAGUGUUACGAGGCGGCUGUCUUUGAAUGAAAGCGACCCUGCUUUGCUGGCUCUCACCAUCGCUGAAAAACAGGCACCCCCUUCAAAGGAACUUUUUAUGGCACGUAAGAGCAGAUUUCAAUCUGGUACUGAAGAUCAUUCAGAGAAUUCCUCAAGUAGUAAUAAAAAUUCAAAGAGGACAGACGGAAAAUUGUUGUUGCUCAAAAUAUCUAAAACUAAGUUGGAAAAUUUCAUCAGUAGGAUAUUGCCCUAA